GUCGUAGUAGUGUUUUAGACUUACACUAAUAAACAUCAAUAAUGGAUUUCAACCGAAGUAUCUCAAGAACUUUGUCACAACUAGGAUUUAUGGAAGAAGAACCUGAACUUCAUUUAAUGGGUUGGAACCUUACUCCUGAAGAUCUUAUUCACAUACCAGAACAUUGGUUAUCAUACCCAGAAGUUAGAUCAAUCUACCAUUAUAUUUUGGCAUUUAUGUAUUCGAUUUUAUUUUCUCUUGGCGUUAUUGGAAACGGUCUGGUGCUAUGGAUAUUUUGUGUAUCAAAACCAUUACGAACGCCGUCUAAUUUGUUUGUACUAAAUUUGGCGCUGUGUGAUUUUUCUAUGGUAUUAGUACUGCCAAUUCUUAUUUACGACUCGAUUAAUCACAAAUAUCCGGGCCACCUGCAAUGUCAGAUAUUUGCGUUGUGCGGCAGUAUCAGUGGCAUAGGAGCAGGCGCCACGAACGCGGCAAUCGCAUACGACAGAUAUAGUACAAUAGCAAAACCGUUUGAAGGUCGUAUGACUUACGGUAAAGCAUUAAUAUUGAUCAUAUGUAUUUGGAUGUAUGUUUUUCCAUGGUGCUUCCUUCCUUUAACCGAAAAAUGGAACCGAUAUGUACCAGAGGGUUUUUUAACAAGUUGUUCUUUCGACUACUUAACACCAACGGAUGAAACCAAAGCUUUUGUAGGAAUCUUGUUUGUGAUUUGUUAUGUAAUACCAAUGUCAUUUAUAAUAUACUUUUAUUCGCAAAUAGUCAGUCAUGUAUUCAACCAUGAAAAAGCACUUCGUGAACAAGCAAAAAAAAUGAACGUUGAAUCGUUACGGAGUAACCAAGAUGCAAACGCUCAAUCGGCAGAAGUAAGAAUCGCUAAAGCUGCCAUUACGAUUUGCUUCCUGUUUGUAGCAGCAUGGACACCGUACGCAGUGGUCGCAAUGGUCGGUGCUUUCGGAGAUCAAUCAUUGCUAACACCCGUCGUGACUAUGUUGCCAGCGGUAUUUGCCAAAACUGUGGCUUGUCUGGAUCCUUACGUAUACGCAAUAAGUCAUCCUAAAUACAGAUUAGAACUUUCAAAACGAGUGCCGUGUCUUGGUAUCAAUGAAAAAUCUUCGGUAUCACCUGACACGCAAUCCACAACAACUACUGCUUAAUAUACAUAAUUCUAGUUCAUAACUCUAUUGAUCGAUAUUUUUAGAUUUUAACUAAAAAAUAAUUUAUUUGAUUACAAAUAUAUAUUUAAUUGUAAGAACUAAAUUUACUAUCGAAUAUACAGUGUAAUUAUCAGGUAAAAAUAUACCCAAUGUCAAACUUGUAAA